AUGGCCAUGAUGACCAGGUUCGUUUUCCCCCUGAUGGUUGUAGUGCUGAUAAUGCUGCUGGCAUCUUCGGGAUCGUCGUCAGCGCGGCGGCUUGAAGGCGAUACAUGGGCCGGCGAGGCCACCUCCGGUGACCAUCCUGUCAUACAGUCUAUCAAACACCUGUACCUGCAGCAGAAAGGUGCAGAUCACUCCUGCGGGAGUUUUAGCCCACAGAAUCCGUCAUGCCACCACGGCUGA